CGGUUCGUACACAUCAGAAUACGUAGUGAUUUGACAAAGAGGUUAAAAUCAGAUGUUCGAGUCGAAUUUUUAUCUUCAGAAAAAUCUAUGAAAAUAUAUAUUGAAAGGCGAAACUGAAAUAUUGUGAGAUGAAUCCUGUGUUACGCACGAUCCGAGCUUGCGUCCGCUCUGUGAGACACGCCAGUACUCUACCCUCAGAAGCAGUAAUAUUUACGGAGGACGAUCGCAUGGUUGUCUGCUGGCAUCCGGAGAAGACGUUUCCAUACGAGUGUUCCUUACCUCUGCCCGAAGAAAAGCCCGACUUUUCCGUACUGCGUAUCGGAGACAAAGAAGUUGCUGAGAUGUUUAGGAGGAAGAAGGCAUAUCAGGUUGUGGAAGAAUUGGCGAAAGUCACGUAUACUACCAAACACAAAUGGUAUCCUAGGAAGAGAGACAUAAAAGCAAAAGACACAGAACCUGACAGGCCAUACUUGUAACAUUUGACAAGAAUCCGAAACGUUUCUUGGUGAAAAAGUACUGUAUUUAAUUCACUUUACAUAUGUAGUUAUAUUCUGCAAAACGUAUAUUAAUAAAUGUACA